AUGCCUCCACUUAAGUUCUCCAAAUCAGAAGAGUACCUUAAGAUUGAUCCCAAUGCCGAAGCAGAGAUCCUUGACGCUUAUGCUGAGACGCUAGAUGACGCCAAUGUGGAAGAUAUCUACCUCAAGCACCUACCGAUCAUCUUCCAGAAGUUGCACAUCCCACAUUGCUUCACUCGAGAUAUUGACAAUUGUGUCCAGUGGUUUUACGAUACUCAAUUCUACGGCACUACUGGUGAUAGCAAUAAGGCUAGGGCGUCCAAACUGUUGUUGCAGCAAUUGACCUUGUCGAGAACGCAUAAGGGCGAACUAGAGGUCUCGGACGUGGUCGACAUCGAUAAGCUAAUCAUCUUCGGCAAUCGGUUGGUGAAGUUUAGGGAUCACUUUCCUGAAAUCAAGAAAGCCUGGCGCUUGUUUAUUGAAGCAUCUGGAGAAGGAAAGAAGUCGAAUGACUCUGAACUACUAGAUGCUGUUCUCACGCUUAAAGACCUACAGAGAGUCAAAGGAGUCUUGGGGUUAGACGACGUGAGUGAUUCGAUUUUGAUCGAUAUGCUUGGCUGUGGAACCACUACAUUAGAUGGACAAGUGCUUAACUACGAUGCCAAUGCCUCGGGCCUAGCGGUCGGAAUCAAGGAUUUUGCAGAAAUUCUUGGUCAAAUAGGACAAUUGGAAUGA